AUGAAACCUGGGGAUCUAGCCCUUCCCAGCAGCAACCACACCUCAGUGACCCACUUCAUCUUGCUUGGAUUCUCCAGUUACCCAGACCUCCAGAAGCUUCUUUUUGGAACCUUCCUGCUCAUCUAUACCAUGACAGUGGUGGGCAAUCUGGGGAUGAUGGCCCUCAUCCUCACAGACACCCGUCUCCACAACCCCAUGUACUUCUUCCUCAGUGUUCUCUCUUUCCUUGAUAUCUGUUACUCUUCUGUGGUCACACCCAAGCUCUUGGUCAACUUUCUGGCCUCUGACAAGUCCAUCUCUUUUGAGGGCUGUGUAGCCCAACUGACCUUCUUCGUGGUGCACGUGACCGCAGAGAGCUUCCUGCUGGCCUCCAUGGCCUUUGACCGCUUCAUGGCCAUCUGUCGGCCCCUCCACUAUGGUUCCGUCAUGACCAGAGGGACCUGUCUCCAGCUGGUGGCUGCUUCCUACGCGUUUGGCGGUGCCAACUCCGCCAUCCAGACGGGGAACGUCUUUGCCCUUCCUUUCUGUGGGCCCAACCAGGUAACGCACUUCUUCUGUGACAUCCCUCCUCUUCUCCACCUGGCUUGUGCCGACACAGCCACCGCAGAGGUGGUGCUCUAUAUCUUCUCUGCCCUGGUCACCCUCCUGCCUGCCGUUGUCAUCCUUACCUCCUACAGCUUCGUCCUGGUGGCCAUUGGGCGGAUGCGCUCGGCAGCAGGGCGGGAGAAAGCCAUCUCCACCUGCGCCUCCCACUUCCUGGCCAUUGCCAUUUUCUACGGCACUGUGGUCUUCACCUACGUCCAGCCUCACGGGGCCACCAGUGAUACGAACGGCCAGGUGGUGUCUGUCUUCUACACCAUCAUCAUCCCCAUGCUCAACCCCUUCAUCUACAGCCUCCGCAACAAGGAGGUGAAGGACGCCCUACAGAGGAAACUCCAGGUCAGCAUCCUCCCUUGCUGA